AUGCGUGCUCAGAAUGUACCAUACGAAGCAACAGAAGGGGGCAGUCCGGGAAGUAAACGAGAAACAAUUGAGCUGCUACUACAAAGCAAAUACGAUGAAACGGAGAAUCGUCUUGGAUACGCCCAAGUCCUUCAGCUCUUGAAGCUCUGUCUCAGGACGUACUUCACGUUCGACGGGACAAUCUACGAACAGGUGAAGGGCACACCAAUGGGUUCGCCGAUUUCGGGAUUCCUCGCCGAGGCGGUCCUGAAACGGUUAGAGUCGCUGCUCUUCCAACACCACAGACCGAAAUUCUGGGCCCGGUAUGUGGAUGAUACCUUCGUCGUCAUCGAACGGGAUCAGGUGUUGACAUUCCAAGAACAUCUCAACGCCGUCUUCCCGGACAUUCAAUUUACGAUGGAGGAGGAAGAGAACAACCAGCUGGCCUUCCUGGAUGUCCUCGUAUGCCGCAAGGAUUGUGGUGGACUAAAGACCAAAGUGUUCAGGAAAGCGACAAAUACGAUGCAAGUACUGAACUUCAACAGUAACCACCCAAUCAGCCACAAACGCAGUUGUGUAAGGACGCUCUAUCGGCGUGUCGAAGCGCACUGCAGUGAGCCGGAAGACAAAAUUGCUGAACUACAAUACCUCUGA